CCCGCCAGCCGCGUCCGGCCCGUCCCGCCGCGGGCCCGCAGCCGCCCCCCCAUGCCGAGCAGCUCGGACACGGCCCUGGGCGGCGGCGGCGGCGGGUCCGGGGCCGGGGCCGGCUUGAGCUGGGCCGAGAAGAAGCUGGAAGAGCGCCGCAAGCGUCGGCGCUUCCUGUCCCCGCAGCAGCCGCCGCUGCUCCUGCCGCUCCUGCAGCCGCAGCUCCUGCAGCCGCCGCCGCCGCCCCCGCAGCCGCCGCCACCCCCGCAGCCGCCGCCCUCGCUGCUCUUCCUGGCGGCCCCGGGCCCGGCCGCCGCCGCAGCCGCCGCCGCCGCGGCCUCCUCGUCCUCCUCCUGCUGCUUCAGCCCGGGGCCGGGGCCGGGGCCGCCGGGGCUCGAGCUCAAGCGGCUGCCUAGGGGGAAGAGGCGCGCCGCGGCCCGGCAGAAGCGGCGCCGCGGGGCCCGCGUCACCCCCGCAGCCCCGCCGCCACCGCGGCGGCCGCAGGACGGGGGCGGCGGGGCCGGGCCCGGGGCCGCCAGCCCGCCCGCCGCCGACUACGACGACGUGAGCUCCCAAUCGGAGCAGGGCCUGGGGCCGCCCGGAGCGCCGGGCGCCGGGGCCGGGACCGGGACCGGCGGGGGAAGCCCGGCCUCGUCGCCCGGGGCCCCGGCCGGCCGGGGACGCUCGUCCAACCAGGCCGCCCGGGCACCAGGGCGGCCGGCAGCCGGCCGGGGCGCCAGGGCCGAGCAGGGCAGCACCGGGGGCCCGUCGGACGCGCAGCGCGCCGGGGCCGGAGAGGCCUCGGCCAAGUCCCGCGGCCGCCACGGCCACGGCGACGACCGCGCGUCCGAGGCCUCGGCCAAGGGCGGCGGCGGCGGGGGGCGCCGCAAGAGCGCGUCGGGCGCGUCGGGCCGGGAGCGGGACUCGAAGGCGCACCGCAGCCGGACUAAGGCGGCCAAGGAGCCGCCCUCGGCCUACAAGGAGCCGCCGCGGGCCUACCGCGACGACAAGAGCGAGCCCAAGGCCUACCGGCGCCGCCCGCGCUCGCCCAGCCCGUACGCCCGCCGCCGCUCGCCCAGCUACAGCCGCCACAGCUCGUACGAGCGCGGAGGGGACGUGUCGCCCAGCCCCUACGGCGGCAGCUGGCGCCGCUCCCGGAGCCCCUACAGCCCGGCCGUCAGGCGAUCUGCCAAGUCGCGAAGCAGAAGCCCUUAUUCAUCUAGGCAUUCGAGGUCCCGCAGCAGACAUAGAUUAUCUAGGUCCCGGAGUCGCCACUCUAGCAUUUCUCCUAGCACCCUGACUUUGAAAAGUAGCCUGGCUGCUGAGUUGAACAAGAACAAGAAAGCCAGAGCCGCGGAAGCAGCCAAAGCUCACGCCAAAGCGUCCAACACCUCGACGCCCACCAAAGUAGGGAGCACUGACCCUGCAGGUGGCAGCGCGCCUCAAGCCAACCAUGUGAAGGAGCUGAAGAAACUCAAGGCUGAACACACGCCUUCUCCCACAAGUGGCGGGACUCUGAAAAAUGACAAGACAAAAGUAAAACCCUCUCUGCAGGGAGCAAAGAUAGAAAAUAAUUUGAUUGUAGACAAAACCAAGAAAGGCAUUGUCGUGGGCAAGGAGAGUCAGCCGACUGUGGUGAAGGAGGAGCCGGCAGUACUGAAAGAGAAAAGCAAACCACGCACCCCAAGCUUGGGCACCAAGGACAAGGAGCACCACGGACCAUUGGUGACCUCCACUUUACCACCUUUGCCUUUUCCUCCUCUGCUGCCUGAAGACAAAGAUGCUGACAGUUUAAGAGGGAACAUUUCUGUAAAGGCGGUGAAAAAAGAAGUGGAGAAGAAGCUGCGCUGCCUGUUGGCAGACCUGCCUCUGCCCCCUGAGCUCCCAGGUGGGGAUGACUUCUCGACCAGCCCCGAGGAGAAGAAAGCCUCUGCCCCGGCGCACAGUAAGAGAAGGCCCAAAAUAUGUGGGCCUCGCUAUGGUGAAAUAAAAGAAAAGGAUAUUGACUGGGGAAAACGCUGCGUGGAUAAAUUUGAUAUCAUUGGAAUUAUUGGAGAAGGCACCUAUGGGCAAGUUUACAAAGCCAGGGAUAAAGAUACAGGAGAAAUGGUGGCCUUAAAAAAAGUCCGGCUAGAUAAUGAAAAGGAAGGCUUCCCCAUCACAGCCAUCAGAGAGAUUAAGAUCCUUCGACAGCUUACCCACCAGAGUAUUAUCAACAUGAAGGAAAUUGUGACUGACAAAGAAGACGCUUUAGAUUUUAAGAAGGACAAAGGUGCAUUUUAUUUGGUGUUUGAAUACAUGGACCAUGACCUGAUGGGACUCCUGGAAUCAGGCCUGGUUCAUUUUAAUGAAAAUCACAUAAAAUCAUUCAUGAGACAACUGAUGGAAGGUUUGGAUUAUUGCCAUAAGAAGAACUUUUUACAUAGAGAUAUUAAGUGUUCAAAUAUUCUACUAAACAAUAGAGGGCAGAUAAAGCUAGCCGACUUUGGACUUGCUCGAUUAUAUAGCUCAGAAGAAAGUCGGCCAUACACCAACAAAGUGAUCACUUUAUGGUACCGGCCUCCGGAACUACUUCUGGGGGAGGAGCGAUAUACCCCCGCGAUUGAUGUCUGGAGCUGUGGAUGCAUCCUUGGUGAACUCUUCACUAAAAAACCGAUAUUUCAGGCAAACCAGGAGCUUGCACAGUUAGAACUCAUCAGCCGAGUAUGUGGGAGUCCGUGUCCUGCGGUGUGGCCAGAUGUCAUCAAGCUUCCCUACUUCAAUACGAUGAAGCCAAAAAAGCAGUACCGCCGGAAACUUCGAGAGGAGUUUGUCUUUAUCCCCACAGCUGCGCUAGAUUUAUUUGAUUACAUGCUGGCUCUGGAUCCUGGCAAACGCUGCACGGCAGAGCAGGCCCUUCAGUGCGAGUUUCUGCGAGACGUGGAACCCUCCAAGAUGCCGCCCCCAGACCUUCCUCUGUGGCAAGAUUGUCAUGAACUGUGGAGCAAGAAACGUAGAAGGCAGAAGCAGAUGGGGAUGACGGAGGACACAUCUUCGACCAAGAUUCCUCGGAAAGAUCUGUCUCUGGGCCUGGAUGACAGCAGGACCAACACUCCCCAGGGGCUGCAGGCGAAUUCACAACUCAAAUCUCAGGGCAACACCAAUGUAGCACUUGGUGAAAAACAGACAGAUCCACCAACACCCCAGCAGGAGUCUUCCAAACAGCCUGCAGGAGGAAUGCAGCCUUCAACUCAGCCUGUGCCCCCUAAAGUUGAGACUGAUGCUGCCCAGGCAGCUGUGCAAAGUGCGUUUGCAGUUCUCUUGUCGCAGCUAAUAAAGGCCCAACAGUCUAAGCAGAAGGACGCAGCCAUGGAAGAGAAGGAGAAUGGAGCAGGCCACGAGCUCUCUCUGCAGCUUCGGCAGCCUCCGGAGCCCAGCCCUCCUCUGCUCGGGCAAGAUGAACAUGUCAAACACGCAGAGAUGAGGAUGCUGGAGCUAACGCCAGAACCGGAGCGCCCACGGAUCUUGCCUCCAGACCAGCGCCCCCCAGAACCCCCCGAGCCACCGCCCCCUUCUGAAGAAGAUCUGGAUUAUCGGACAGAAAACCAGCAUGUGCCCACGCCUAGUUCUUCAUUGACUGACCCUCAUGCUGGAGUGAAGGCUGCUCUGUUGCAGCUUCUUGCUCAACAUCAGACCCAGGAUGAGCCCAAAAUGGAAACAAGUAUGGAUUAUCAAGCAGGCGAUACCUAUGUUCCAGGUUCAGACUACAAGGAUAAUUUUGCAUCCUCUUCUUUCUCUUAUGUUAAUGACGGUUUAGGAAGCGGAUCCGUUCCAGCCCUAGAAAGACGAAGCUUCAUUGGAAACUCAGAUAUACAGUCUUUGGAGACCUACAGCACGGCUUCAUCUCAUUCUGGGGGCCCACCUCAGCCGCCUGCCUUUUCAGAAUCCUUCUCCAGCUCAGUAGCUGGGUAUGGAGACAUUUACCUCAACACUGGUUCCAUGUUGUUUAGUGGAGAUAAGGACCAUAGAUUUGAGUAUAGUCACGGCCCAAUUGCAGUUCUGGCCAAUAGCAGUGACCCUGCCACUGGGCCCGAGAGCACUCACUCUUUGCCAGCCAAGAUGCACAGCUACAACUAUGGGGGCAAUUUGCAGGAGAGUCCAGUGGGCCCUGGCCUUCUGCACGGACAGACUUGGCCUUCCCCCGCCCAGGGCCCUGGCUAUUCCCAAGGAUACAGGGGCCAUAUUAGCACAUCUACGAGCAGAGGGCGAGGCAGAGGGUUGCCGUACUGAGUAUCUGUUUUUCCUCAGGCACAUCGUUUUUAUCUGGAAAGACUUUUCCUAGCUGCAGUUUCAGGCAGCAGUCCAACAGACUUGAAUAAUGUUAAUUCAACAACAGCUUUAUUUUUUAUGUGGAAAAGGGUCUUGCAUACAAUAGUUUAAAAAAAAAAAAAAAACCUCACACACAAAAAACCCACCUUGGCUUAAAUUCAUGCUGUUCUGAAAACUAGAUCUCCUGACUGUACAUCUUCAGAUUCUAGUUAGCAAUUUUAUUUUGUAUUUUCGCAGGUAUUAGUGUAUGCUAAACUUGGGGACACGAGCAUUUUAUGACCCUAUUGCAGAUCUUCUGAACUAUGCACAUUUGUGCUUUUUUUUGUAAGUUUGGACCAACUUUUAUGUAAAAAAAAAAAAAAAAAGUUUGCCAAGAAUCAGAAAGGGCACUGAUUUAUCGGGUAUUUUUCUUUUUACAAAGCUACCUUUAGCCCAAGGUCACUGUCAGUCUUUGCACCUGCUUUCAGUGUGAUUGUGAAAGGUGUACUUUGUGCUCAUUUCAGAAAAUAAAACACAACCUUUCUCUUGAUGCAACAGUUUUAUAAAAAAAAAAAAUGGUCAAUGUUAUUUUUCUUUUGAAUUUCCAAAUUACUGCAUAGCCUAGCAAAAUACUAAAAUGAAACAAUGGGUUUUAUAUACAAAAUAUGUUGGGGUGGGGAGGGAAAGUAAGUGCCUUAACAGGUAAGCUUAAAAGUUUGAAACAAUAGCCUUUACAACCCAUUUUUUAAAAAAAAAGGAGACUGGUGCCCUGAACAGAAGAGUGCCCACUCUCGAUUCACAUAACGCCCACCCUCCCCCACUCAUCACCCCUCAUUCUCCCCCUGGCCCACCCACCUGUCUGCCUUUGGGUUGGGUCCUAGUCAUUACCACCUCCAUUAAAAAAGGGCGAGACCGAGAACAAGAGAGGAGGAUGAAGCGCCUCUCAGUACAUUUUGCUCCUUGUCAGAAAUUCUGCUCAAAGAGUUUUAUGUGGGAUCUGGCUAAAAGCAUCAAAGAGAAGGAGGAUUUUUAUUUUAUCUGUGAAGUUCCGUUAUCCAUGCUAACCCUGUUCCCAUGGAUAACAGAGUUGAUGAUAGUAAAAGCCAGGGUCAAUAACAGAAUGAGAACAGUCCUAUAUUAGAAUGGGAUAAGGGACAGAAACAGCAUUGUGAAUUUACCUAAUUGCCAUUUAUUCAUUUCCUGUCAGCCUGCUCCACGUAUUUCAUUGGUUUAAUGAGAGCCAUUGCCCAGAAUGAUUGCAGAGGUGGCAAAAGAGGGAAACAUUCUGAAAACAGAUCCCCUUUACUCCCCUUCUUCUAGAUAAAUUUUACAUGACUUGUCCUGAGUUCUUCUGCCAAGUGUUUAUGGAAUUUUAUUUCAUUUUAACAUCGUUUUUCUUUUGUAAAAUAGAAGAGAAUGAUGGAAUAAUCCUUGUUUAAGCUGCAAGUGGUACCAAUUUUAACUUUGCUCACAAAAAAAUCAUCAUUUAAAAGGGUAGCCAAAGGUAAAUAACUAAGUGUUUCCAUUAUAACUAAAUAGAAAAUGUCAUCCCUGGAAAUUAGAAUUGUGCCAUUCAGACAUUCUGAUGAGAAUUUAAUGCUUGAUUUGGAGUUUUAAAUUGGAAAGAUUAUUGAAUCCAAACCACUCCAGGUGUAAUUUCUAUUUCCAAAUAUGCUCCCUCCACCCUUAGAACCUUAAGGCCCUCAACUUUCGGGAAAAAAAAAAGAAAAAAAAAAAACUUGAACCCCAUUUCAUGGAAAA